AUGUUUGAAAACACGAGCUACGCCGAUUGGAUGGACGUAUCGAGUCCCAAAGUCCAAGGCACCUGGAAUCUCGCCAGAGCUCUCCAAGGCCAUAACUUGGACUUCUUCGUACUCUUGAGCUCUUUUACCGGGGUUAACGGCUUACAAGGGCAAGCGAACUACGCUUCAGCCAAUACCUUUCUCGACGCAUUCGUCCAGACUAGACGUAGUCAAGGGCUUCCCGCGUCAGUCAUCGGUGUUGCCCCAGUUGAGGAUGUGGGUUACCUGUCAGAACAGGCCGAAACCCGGACGAAGCUACACACCCUGUCGACGUAUUUCAUACGCGAGCAAGGAUUCCUUGACGGUCUCGAGUGGCAAUCAAGACGUCCGCUCCAAGCGCAGACUCCAGCGACCACCGGGCUUCCCUUCAUGGCACCGCAGAACCGCGUCCCUUGGAAACGGGACUCGCGAUGCGCGUUCUAUCGCAAUAUCCGGGGCAACUCAGCUGAGCAGUCACCAUCGGGCAACCCGGUAGACGACGGGGAGCUAAACAGCGACGAGGCCAAAUUCACCACGCUUGGGUCAGCUCGCGAGGGCUCUCCCCACAUGCUUGUACAGGAUGCCAACAUCGCUGAGCUGGCGCGCCAAUAG